AUGAGAGGAAAUUGCCAGCAAAGAACAGUGAAAGGAAGCCCGAGCGCAGCCCACAAAAGACUUGUCGUAGAUGAUGAGAUCAUCCAGAUCCCCGACUGUGAUCUCACUGCAGUAACCGAACAGUUCAAACAAACCCUAAUAGGGCGAACAUUCAACCGUGAAGGCAGAAGCAUUGAUGCUUUAAUCAGCCUACUCCCGAAGCCCAAGAUCUGGGAUGUGGAAGGAAGAACUCAGGGAAUAAACCUUGGCAAUGGUCGGUUCCAGUUUGAUUUCGAUCACGUGGACGACAUGAACAAGGUUUUAGCCAAACGGACUUUAACCGCCCUCGGAACAGUCACUAAUAUCGAUGCCAAAAGAGCCAAAUUCCAAGUCUCCCUCAACGCGGACAAACCUCUGCAAUUUGAAAGAAAAGUUGGUUUUCCUAAUGGAGAUAUCGCUUCUGUAACCCUGACUUACGAGGGCUUACAACGGCACUGCUUCACUUGCAAACUCCUAUCCCAUGGAGAGGCGUCCUGCCCGGAGCUCACCGAAGAACAACAUGAGGAAAAGAAGAGGUUACGGCUGGAAGAACUCCGACAAGAAGCUCUGUUUGGAUAUGGAGUUAAUGCAACCACCAAUUCUACAAGAACAAAAGAAGCAUGGGUGAGCCAGAGAACCGAGAUACGUGAUGAUCACCUCUACGAUGACUGUGUAAGGACCAACAUACCUAAACGUGAAUAUCGUCAGAGAUCGGAUCACACAAGCUACUCAGAGUCUCGAUCUCAAGCCAGGAACAAAUCUGUCUCGAGACACCAAGAUCUCCGACAGGAAUUAAGCAAAAGAAGAGAUUCGAGAGGCCGAGAGGUAUGGACUCGACUAGAUCGGAGCCAUUUGGACAAGAGACAGUCCGGCAAAGACCGAUACCACCCAUACGAGAAGCCAACGAAUGAACGGAGAAGCUCUCGGGAUGUGAGAAAAGAUUCCCAACAAGUCUGGCACCCAAAAAAAAUACAACAACUCGAUACCCCAACUUCUAGAGUCUCCAACAUGCGCAGUGCAGUACAGGAACCUCCAUCGGACUCCCAACAAACCAUAACCGAAAGACCAAAUAACAUGGAAAGGAGCCGAACUAAAGCCAAGGGUUUGUUGAUCACAUAUCCAACCAUAGCUGAGAGCGAGCGCCCCAACAAGCGCAAGGGCAAAGAACACGUGGUGGAACUCUCAAAGAGGAAAAAAAUGAUGAGGUACAUGGAGAAACCUCAGCCACUCAAGAGCCUCUCUAUCAUCGAACCGGCUUCCAACCCAGCUCCAUAUCCAGGAAACGUUACUCAUCAAGACCAAGAUCCAACAGCUUCUCUGCUAACCCCAAUGGAGGAAGAGUUUCUAGCAAACACUGAAGAAGGAGAGCUCGACGAAACCCUCACCGCAGAUCAAAUCGACUAUAUGAUCAACGAACUUGCGUACAGUGCACUCGAUGAUGUGAUGUUGGAGAACGACGACCUUCUCGGAGAAGAGCUGGCCUCCGACGAGGAGAGGAUAGAUGCUAUUUCACAACUAUCCCCAAUGGUUUUGCAGGAGAAAGAGUUUAAUGAAGAGAUGCAGGAACCAGAGGCAGAGAUCCCAAAGAAUACAGAGAAGGUGCUCCAGAACGCACCUCAGGGAAGAAAGAAGAAACCUGUCCCCAGCCCGGAGAAGAAAGGUCGACAAGUCUCAAGGAAGCUCCAAGCCCUCCUUCUCAAACCAUCGCCAAAAAAGAAGCCAACAACGGGUUCGGUGGUGUCCCAGAAACCACCCAGUAAGAAGAUAUGA